AUGGGAAUCUGUAACUUUUUAACUGUAGCCCUUGCCUUUGGCAUUGCUGCAGUUCAUGCUGGCCCGUGCAAGUCGGCGACACUGAGCGAUGCUAUGCUUUCAACGAUUGACGCGUCCAACGUCCCUUCAUCGUCAAUCAUUUCAGCUGCGACACGAACGACAUCAUUGCCGAAAAGGUCAAUCACGACGACAACCAAGACUUUGAGUGCCACAACUACGCACACGAGGAAGACAAAAGCUGCGCCUGCCAGCAAAUAUACCGCGACAUCCACACGUACAUCAAGCCCCAAAUCGACAGCGAUAAACCUGCUUAGCAACCCAGGCUUCGAUGAUCCUGUUAAUAUCUUCUUUUCUCAGCCAUGGGUCUUGAGGUCUGUCAAAGGAAAGUCCAUCGCUGAACUCAAAGACAGCCACCACGUCAAGUCAAAACCAACAGCAUUAUAUAUGUCAAUCACGGAAGGCGGCGCGCCAUCAAUGGAACAAUGGGCGGCAGGACUGGAGAAAUCCAAGAAAUACACAUUGUCAACCUGGGUUGCCUAUGAGUCAGGAAGUGGAGGAUGCCAUAUCGAUUUAAAGCUGGGCAAGACUCUUGUCAAAAGGCACGUCAUUUCGAAGACACCGCCUGGUCGAUACAAAAAGGUUGAGGGCGUGGUUUCGUCUAAAUUCCAGAUGGAUCUAGUCAGCAUGUGGUUGUACUGCCCUUCUGAGGCAACUGUGGCUAUUCUAGUCGACAAUUUCAGUCUUAAAGAGUUAAUGCAAUGA